AUGACUCUCCUCAAUGGACAUGACUCCGGCGCGAGCACCGAGGAAUCCCUGCAGCGUGUCAGGAACCUGUCUGGCUAUGCUACGCCCGUAUUCAACGGCAAAGAUGAACAACGCGCCAAGGUGAAAGUUGAUGUGACUGCCAAGGGAUUCAUUCCUCGCGAGCUGGUUGAGAACGAGGUCAACUGGUUCUACUCUCAACUCGGCAUCGAUGACACCUACUUUCAAAAUGAAUCGCCCUCUGUGAUAUCUGAUCACAUCAUCGCACUCUUUGGUGCCAAGAUUCUCGCAUAUACGAAGCACGAUUCCAACAAGCUCGUCAUUGACCUAGAGAAGAUCGACGAGAAAGGAAAUAGAGCAACUUUUAUCCACACCAGUUUGCCGGGUCUCACUGCUACUGAAGGCCCUGGCGCUACUUGCGAAUCGAGAAUUGACUCUUUAUACCUCGACAACUCAACUCCGUCCGAAUGUUACCGCCUUGAAACUUACCGAUCCACUGGAUCCAUAUCAGCAACAGCAGCCAAACAUUUGCGAUGUUACUUCAUCACCAAGUGCAGCUUCCCUUCCCCACCCCCACCCCCAACUCGGGCGGAUGGACGUACCGAUAUCCGCACUGUCUCCGACACUGCUUUCCUCGAGAGUGCGAGCCCACAUACUCUUCUGGUGUACCAGAAGAUCAUGUGGCAGGCCGAAAGCCGCUAUGGUCCUGUAAUGGAAGUAUACGAAGUUGAAGGCACGCGUGAGAGGCGUCUUGUCAUUGGAUACAAGAUGGGCGGCACUUCCCGGUUCUUCAGCGCUCUCUCGCACCUCUAUCACUUUUACCAGCUGUUCUCGGCCCGAAAGUAUGUAGAGCAGUUCUCCAAUGGGAUCACCAUCAUCUCUCUAUAUCUGAACCCGAUGCCUGACUCAACGGCCGCGCCGAUUGAACACUCCAUAUUCCAGGUGAUGAAAGAGGCAUCCCUUCUGUACUGCCUCCCCGAUAACCCCUUUUUUCGCGACUCCGUUAACUCUGGACAUGCUGUGCAAGAGGCGACCUAUGCUUAUUGCGGUUGGGUUUUCGCUCAACACUUCUGUAAUCGCCUGGGUCCCGCAUACCACCACCUCAGGGUCAUCUUGGAUGAGUCAAACCCUUCACACGCUGAGGUGCUCAAUGAUAUCAAGAGACGCUUCAGAGAGGAAACUUUCACGCGGGAGAGCAUUGCUCAAGUCAUCCAUGCACAUGCGGAAAUUAUUCGCCUCCUUUACGUCAACUUCGCCAUGGUACACUAUCCAGCUGCGGACCAGACGUCGCGGCUGCGUCCUACUCUCUCCUACCAGCGUCUUCAAACGACACAGCCCCUGUCCGACUCUGAGUUGCACGAUAAAAUCAGACGUGCAGUCCCGAACAAGCAAGAUCUACAAGUUCUCGAGAGCUUCCUCAUUUUCAACAAGCACGUUCUGAAGACGAAUUUCUAUCAGCCAACCAAGGUUGCACUGUCGUUCCGUCUUGCCCCAGAUUUUUUGCCCCAGGGUGAAUAUCCAACACCACUUUUCGGAAUGUUUCUCGUCAUCGGAAACGAAUUCCGUGGCUUUCACAUUCGUUUCAGAGACGUUGCCCGCGGCGGUAUUCGUAUAGUCAUGUCGAGCAACGAGGAGAACUACAUAAUUAACAAGAGGAUGCUAUUCGAUGAGAAUUACGGAUUAGCUGCCACCCAAUCUUUGAAGAACAAGGACAUUCCCGAAGGAGGCGCCAAGGGUACCAUUUUGCCUUCUCUUGGAGCACCGCCCAGACGCUGCUUCGAGAAGUACAUUGAUGCAAGCGCCAUCAUCGACCUCCUUAUCCCUAGCCAAAGCUCAGGAAUCAAGGAACGCCACGUUGACUUGUAUGGGAAACCGGAAUUGUUGUUCUUCGGGCCUGAUGAGGGUACGGCAGACAUGAUGGACUGGGCAGCAUUGCACGCUCGUGACCGUGGUGCCGAGACAUGGUGGAAAACGUUUACCACUGGCAAGAGUGCGAUGCUUCUGGGCGGUGUCCCCCAUGAUACAUAUGCAAUGACAUCGUUAUCUAUUCGUCAAUAUGUUCUCGGCAUUUACAAGCAGUUUGCGCUGAGGGAGACGGACAUCACAAAAGUGCAGACUGGUGGUCCUGACGGAGAUCUUGGUUCAAAUGAGAUAAUCUUGAGCUCUGACAAGACCAUUGCUAUUAUUGAUGGCAGCGGUGUCCUGGCCGACCCUGCAGGCAUCAACCGGAAGGAACUCAUUCGCCUCGCCAAAUUACGCGUACCCGUGUCUCAUUUCGACAAGACCAAAUUGAGCAAGGACGGAUAUCUCGUCAAGGUCGAGGAACAGGACGUCAGGCUUCCAUCUGGAGAAGUCGUUCUGGAUGGUACCGACUUCAGGAAUGGUGCUCACUUCCGUUUCAAGGCAGAUCUUUUUGUGCCUUGCGGUGGACGCCCUGAAGCUGUAAACAUCUCCAAUGUCGCUGCUUUGACGGAUACGGAAGGCAAACCCCACUUCAAGUACAUUGUUGAGGGUGCAAAUUUGUUCUUCACUCAGCAGGCAAGGUUGCACUUGGAGAAGCGCAGGGUUAUCGUGUUUAAGGACUCCAGUGCGAACAAGGGCGGUGUGACGAGCUCCUCACUUGAAGUGCUUGCCGGUCUCGCUCUCACAACCCAGGAAUACCUCGACCUCAUGAUCUUCAAGGACGGGAUGCAGUCGGACUUCUACCGAAACUACGUAAAGGACAUUCAAGCCAAGAUUGCUGAGAACGCCGCCGCAGAGUUCCAUUGCAUUUGGCAAGAGCACGCCCGCCUCCAAGGUGCCAAGCCCCGAACGCAGAUCUCGGACGAGCUCUCCAUCAUGCUCAACGACUUGCAGGCUAAGCUCGAACAUUCCGACUUGUUCAAGGAUGCCCCGAGCCGCAAAGGGGUCAUGAGACGCGCUAUACCCACCACAUUGGUGGAGCAGGUCGGUCUCGAUGUCCUGCUGGAGAGGCUCCCCGAGCCAUACCAGCGCGCUCUGUUUUCGAGCUGGGUUGCUUCGCAUUUCAUUUACAGAUACGGCGUUAACAGUUCUACUAUAGACUUUUUUCAUUUCGCUCGGGAUCUUGCACAGGAAUGA